AUGAAGACACCAGACUCAGUCACCCAUGAGGGUAGCAUGAGUCCAGCUGCAUAUUGCCAACUUUUUUACAUCCUCGCAUCCGCAACCGUGUUGGGUAUCGCCGCGGCUCCCCAGUCCAUCCAGCGUCUUCUGACCCAAUACGGUGCUCGAACCUCAACUGUGGGCACAUCGAACGACAAGGAGGGGAAGCAGAAUGCCAAUGGACGCCUCGUUCAAAUCGUUAGCUGGGUAACGUCCGUGAGCCAAGUGCCUCAUUCGUGGUUCAUUCAUUUCUAUAUUCUUUCUGUGACCUGCUCCGUCUUCUGGGCUGUUCAAUUCCUCAAUCAUGGAAAAAUACUCGACUUCAUAGUCCGGAACCAAGUCCGGAGCGAGGAAACACUCAUGUCAAUCAAUCAAGUCGUUAUCGCAUGGGCUCUUAUGAGCUUGCAAGGUACGAGGCGUCUCUACGAAUCCCUGGCCUUGAUUCGCUCUUCACCGUCUAAGAUGUGGGCUGUUCACUGGCUGCUGGGGAUUGCUUAUUAUUUUUGCACGAGUAUUUCUAUUUGGAUAGAAGGUUCCCGAUCGAUUCAGUCUUCCGAUAGAAGAACUUUCAGUGCCGAGACACCGUCAUUCAGCACGGUCUUUGGGAUCAUCACAUUCCUAGCCUCAUCGUUUAUGCAAAAUAGAUGCCACAACUAUCUGUUUCGGUUGAAGAAAUACUCACUUCCGGAGGACGGCUUAUUUCGGUAUAUAGUGUGCCCGCAUUAUACGUGCGAGUGCAUGCUGUAUCUUUCCCUGGCCUUGAUAACGGCGCCUGUAGGCCAGCUGUAUAACAGGACUUUGAUCUGCGCCCUGCUCUUUGUUGCAGUCAAUCUUGGUAGCACCGCCAACGGAACUAAGAAGUGGUAUGGUGAGAAGUUCGGCCGCGAAAGAGUCCUGGAGAAAUGGAAGAUGAUACCAGGCAUAUUUUGA